GCAGCCUGGAGGGACAUGUCAAAGGUCACCCAGUGCCCUCAGGGCAUAUGGAAAGAGGACCAGAAUCACAGGAAGGUGACGUGCAUCGAGGUGGUGGAGGCGUACGUGGAGAGGAUCAAGGAGGUGAAUCCCCUCAUCAAUGCCGUGGUGAAAGACAGGUUUGAGGAGGCCCUGCAGGAAGCCCAGCAGGUCGAUAAGCUGCUUUCGGAGGGUCCUGGUGAUGACUGCCUGGAGGAGAAGUUCCCCUUGUUGGGGGUUCCCCUCACCGUUAAGGAGGCCUUUUCUCUCUACGGGAUGCCCAACACCUCUGGCUUGGUCAACCGCCGCAACGUGAUUGCCACCUCGGACGCCACGGUGGUGUCGCGGCUGAAGCAGGCAGGUGCCAUCCCGCUGGGCGUCACCAACUGCAGCGAACUCUGCAUGUGGUACGAGUCCAGCAACAGGGUCUACGGGCGGACCAACAACCCCUAUGACCUGCAGAGGAUUGUGGGCGGCAGCUCAGGUGGGGAGGGCAGUGUCCUGGCAGCUGCCUGCUCAGUCAUAGGUGUGGGCUCUGACAUCGGCGGCAGCAUCCGGAUGCCUGCCUUCUUCAAUGGAGUCUUUGGCCAUAAACCCACGACAGGGGUGGUGCCCAAUGAUGGCCAGUUCCCCAACGCCCUCGGCGUGCGGAGCAGCUUCCUGUGCACGGGGCCCAUGUGCCGCUACGCAGAGGACCUGGAGCCCGUGCUGAGAGUGAUGGCCGGUCCUGGGGUCAGCAAGCUGAAACUUAAUGAGAAAGUGUCGCUAGAGAAAAUCAAAUUCCACUGCAUGGAUCAUGACGGCGGGUCCGUUUUUGUAUCACCUGUAGACAAGGAGAUCUUGCAGGCCCAAAAGAAGGUGGUGGAGCACCUCGAAAGUGACCUUGGGGUCCAGGUUCAGCGUGUGGCAAUCCACAAGAUGAAGUAUUCUUUCCAGAUCUGGUCAGCCAUGAUGUCAUCCAAGGACAGCGAAGGGCAGGAGGCACAAAGAUUCACGGACCUGCUGGGAGACCACGGGAAGCCAGUGUGGCCGCUGUGGGAGCUGAUGAAGUGGCUCGUGGGGAUGUCUUCUCACACUCUCCCAGCUAUUGCCCUGGGACUGACAGAGAAGGUGGUGAACCUCAACCCUAGUGGGAAGGACAAGCUGGUGAGCAUGGGGAAGAGCCUACAGGAGGAGAUGGAGGCACUGCUGGGGCCGGACGGGGUGCUCCUGUACCCCUCACACCCCACCAUCGCCCCCAAGCACCACUCCCCCAUCUGCAUGCCCUUCAAUUUUGCCUACACAGCCAUCUUCAAUGUCCUGGGCCUGCCGGUGACACAGUGCCCGCUGGGGCUGGGCAGCGAGGGGCUGCCCCUGGGCAUCCAGCUGGUGGCAGCUGCCUACAAUGACCACUUGACGCUGGCAGUAGCCCGGUACCUGGAGAAAGCCUUCGGAGGAUGGGUUUUACCAGGGAAGGUUUAACCUCGGGAGGCAGGUGACAAGUGCUGAUCUUGUUCCCGUCAUGGCACUGCCUGCUCCCUCUUCGUCCCCCUGCACCCUGCUGGGAGUGGCUGGUGGUGCGUCCAGCCCAGGAACAGCUGGGCCAUUGCCACUGGAGUCCUCAUUCCUGUGGCACCUUUUGUAAGGGAGGGCCCUGCCUUUCCCAAACCCUUCAGGAACCCCAGUGCCACAGUGUGAGGAUGUCCUGCCUGCAGUGGGCACACACCCACCUUUUCCAGACCGUGGAGUUGGCCAGCUCUGUAACCCUUCUCCUUUCAAAACGCUGAGUGAGAGCUGGGCAGGGGACAUGCUUCCAGACUCCUGGGGGCAGCUGUGCAGCACCCCUCGGGGCUGCCUGGGCCUGGGGGGGUCCUUGGCCUGACCCUACCCACAGGGCUGGACUCUGCCUGCUGUACCCAGGCUUGCCAGCCCCCACAGUCCUCCCAAGCUUCUGCAGGCUUGCCCCCACCCUCGGACCAAAAAGGGAGAGAGGGGUUGAUGGGGCUGGAGGAGCCAUAGGCCUGCCUCGCCGGCAGCACUUUGUGGGGUGGUGGCUGCUGGGCUCUGCAGUGUGUGCAGCUGUCAGGCACAGCUGAGAGCAUUUCAGCACCGGUUCAAGCAUCUCCUGCUUGUGUCUUUCCCCUUCUCUCUGGGGGGGUCAUCCUGCCUGCCUGGCGUCUCCUGCUGCCUGUCCUGCUGAGCUGCCUGGGCACUGCCCCAGGGGCGGAUGUGGGCAGCAAUGUGAGGGGUUCGUCUGAGCAGGCAGCGAGCACAAGGUGUUCUCAUUGAGGGAAGUAUUAAAGAGCCUGUCCAGUGAA